AAAAUCGACCACUAUUAUUUCUUAGUUGUGUAUAUUGAGCCGUUAAUAAACGUUUUUUAGUCAAAUAUAAACUAUGAACAGUUAGGUUUUGGUUGUCAGUAACGACAGUGAGUUUCCGGUGAAGCUAAAUGCUAAUGCUACAGCUCACAGGUCGUGCUAGCUAGGUGUAGGACGUUAGCUAGCUAGCACCUGUAGCUAACCUGUAUUAACAGUUAAUGAAUUAUUAUAAGGACUUUGCACGAUUUAAAUAUUCUUCAGCUGCUGGUUUAUACUCCAUAGUUUUAAUUUACUGCAUUUAUAUUGCGUUUUAUAAUAAAUCAUUAAAACUAAAUAUAGUCCUACUAUUUUGUAUCAAACUAAAUGCAAAUAUUUAAAUGAGCUCCACAUCAGAAAUGCAAUGUGAAUUAUGCUGCUUAAUGUGUACUUUUACCUUUCGUCAAGUAUGUUUUGAGCAACUUCUUUAGUCCUUAUAUUUUAAAUUUAGACAUUUUAUGUAUAGCAAGUAAUAUUUAUUACACACAAUAUGUAUAACUGAAGGAAAAUAUCCUGGAAACUUAUAACAUUACACAUACACACACAUUUUAAAACAUCUGCACACAUUUCUGGAGUAAUUUGAUUAAAAUGUAAAUAUUGGUGCGUUUCUCCAGAUACAGUUCAGCAAAAACCAACGGUUUCCCAUUUUUAAGAAACUACAAUAAUGGAGUUCCUUGUCUUCGUCUUUGUGUCUCAUUGCUGCAGCUGGAUUGAUGUCCGAUAUCUGGAGGUCAGAGUUUGUCUGAAGGACGCUAUGAUGUCCCACGUCAGGAGGACGUGGUCUCUGGGAAGAAACCGCUCAGGUGUCUCCUGUAGAACAGGCUCCGCCUCCAUCGCCACAUGCAGUGGCGACGCAGCGCUGGUCCUGCUGUCCCGGUCCAACGACGUGUUUCAGAAUCUGGCUCUGGAGGACUGGAUCGAGGCUAACGUGGACCUGCAGCGCCGCGGCGUCCUGCUGCUGUGGAGGAACCGGCCGGCCGUGGUCAUUGGGCGCCACCAGAACCCGUGGGCUGAGUGUCACCUGCCGGCCAUGAGGGGAGGGGGCGUGCCCUUGGCCCGGCGGCGGAGCGGCGGCGGUACCGUCUUCCACGACCUCGGGAACCUCAACCUGACCUUCUUCUCCUCCAAGACGUCAUACGACCGGAGGAGGAACCUGAAGGUCGUCACGGAGGCGCUGAGGCAGCUCCGCCCCGCGCUGGACGUCCGGGCCACCGACAGGUUCGACAUUCUACUCAACGGACACUUCAAGAUCUCAGGAAGUGCCGCCCGACUGAGCAGGAAGUCAUCGUACCACCACUGCACCCUGCUGCACUCCGCCGACCACUCCGCCCUCGCCAACGUGCUCCGCCCCUCUUGUCCCGGUAUCCAAAGCAACGCCACGCCCAGUGUGCCGUCGCCCGUCGCCAACCUGUUGGACCACGCCCCCACGCUGCAGUGGGAGGAGCUGCUGGACGCCCUGGUGCGCCAGUACAACGCAGAGUUCAGCUCCUCCUCCUCCUCCAUCACCGUGGACCCUGCGGACGAGGCAGCGUUCCCCGGUGUCGCCGCGGCGGCGGCGGAGCUGCGCAGCUGGGAUUGGACGUUCGGCCGGACGCCAAAGUUCCGCGUGGAGACCGUUCUGCAGCUGGCGGAUGAGCGGACGGCGGCUCGCUGCUCUGCCCGCCUGCAGGUGGAGGUGAAGGGCGGCGUUGUGGAGAGCUGCCGGUUGGACGUCCCCGCCGACUGGCUGCCCGCGGCUGAGCGGCGAGCUGAGCGGCGUGCUGGUCGGCGGGAGGUUCUGCCGCCACCGGGCGCUGCCGCCGUCACCGAGCUGACGAGGUCGGAGAGCGGCGAAGCGAGGAGCCGACUGAAGGAGCUCGGCGACGCCGUACUGACGGCCAUGGGGUGAAAUGUAUUGAUCUGCUGGAGGAGGAGGAGCUUCUUCAUCUUCUUCCUUCUUCACAAACAAGACAAUUAUUUGAUCAGAGAAAGCUGAUCAAUGUGCUGCUAGAGACCCACGGAACAAACAUUAAACAAGGUCAAUCAAGGUUAAUAAUAAAUGCAUUUUUACUGGUGUUUUUGCCAUUGCCAUGUUUGUGUUUUUCAUGUUUAAUAUAUUUUUUAACAGUUGUCUUUGUUAUAAUAACGCAAAAAAUAUGUAUUAUGUAUUAUUACAGGAAGUGCUAUUUGGAACAUUAGAUAUCAGGUAAAGAGAUACUAAAUAAAUUGUGAAAUAUUAUUUGAUCUAUGAACAUAAAUGUGGCCUUGAACCAGGUCGAGUUUCCUGCUGUUAUUAAUGCUUACAGUGAAUAAAUGAACAGUUUAUUGGUU